UCCCGCGCGGCCACUCGGCGCCUGGCGAGAGCGGCGCGGGCGGCGACGGCGGCCGCGCCUGUGAGAGAGGGCGGGUCGGGGUCAGCUGCUGCAGGCGAGCGGGCGGGCGCGGGGAGCUGUGGGCGGCUGCCGUGUCUCCUGCCGCCGCCCUCCCUCCGCCACGAUGCCGGGAAUCGACAAGCUGCCCAUCGAGGAGACGCUGGAGGACAGUCCGCAGACAAGGUCUUUACUGGGUGUAUUUGAAGAAGAUGCUACAGCUAUUUCCAACUAUAUGAACCAGUUGUAUCAAGCUAUGCUGCGGAUUUAUGAUGCACAGAAUGAAUUAAGUGCAGCAACACACCUGACUUCAAAACUUUUAAAAGAAUAUGAAAAACAGCGUUUUCCUUUGGGGGGUGACGAUGAAGUUAUGAGCUCUACUUUGCAACAGUUUUCAAAAGUUAUAGAUGAGCUUAGCUCUUGCCAUGCAGUACUUUCAACACAGCUUGCUGAUGCCAUGAUGUUUCCCAUUACCCAGUUUAAAGAAAGAGAUCUAAAAGAAAUACUGACGUUAAAGGAAGUGUUUCAGAUUGCUAGUAAUGAUCAUGAUGCUGCAAUUAACAGAUAUAGCCGGUUGUCAAAAAAAAGAGAAAAUGACAAGGUAAAGUAUGAAGUAACAGAAGAUGUCUACACUUCAAGAAAAAAACAACACCAGACCAUGAUGCAUUAUUUUUGUGCAUUAAAUACUCUUCAAUACAAAAAGAAAAUAGCACUGUUAGAACCUCUACUUGGGUACAUGCAAGCUCAGAUAAGUUUCUUUAAGAUGGGUUCUGAAAAUCUCAAUGAACAGCUGGAAGAAUUCUUGACUAAUAUUGGAACAAGUGUACAGAAUGUUCGUAGGGAAAUGGACAAUGAUGUCGAGACCAUGCAGCAGACAAUAGAAGAUUUGGAAGUAGCCAGUGACCCCUUAUAUGUGCCUGACCCAGAUCCCAUGAAAUUUCCUGUUAAUCGAAACUUAACCCGGAAGGCUGGAUACCUUAAUGCUAGGAAUAAAACAGGCUUGGUGUCAUCUACCUGGGACAGACAGUUUUACUUCACGCAGGGUGGAAACUUAAUGAGUCAGGCGCGUGGGGAUGUGGCCGGUGGCCUGGCCAUGGACAUUGACAACUGCUCAGUAAUGGCUGUGGACUGUGAAGACAGGCGGUACUGUUUUCAGAUCACUUCCUUUGAUGGAAAAAAAUCUUCAAUUUUGCAAGCAGAAAGUAAAAAAGACCAUGAGGAGUGGAUCUGUACUAUAAAUAACAUAUCCAAGCAAAUAUAUUUAAGUGAAAACCCAGAGGAAAUUGCAGCACGAGUAAAUCAGUCAGCUUUGGAAGCUGUCACUCCUUCCCCAUCUUUCCAGCAGAGGCACGAGAGUCUGCGGCCGGCAGCACAAUCUCGGCCACCGACAGCUCGAACCAGCAGCUCGGGAUCCUUGGGAUCUGAGUCCACAAAUCUGGCUGCCCUUUCUCUAGAUUCUCUCGUUGCUCCAGAUACCCCAAUACAGUUUGACAUCAUUUCUCCCGUGUGCGAAGAUCAGCCUGGCCAAGCAAAAGCCUUUGGCCAGGGAGGCAGGCGCACAAAUCCAUUUGGAGAAUCUGGAGGAGGUACAAAAUCUGAAACUGAAGAUUCUAUUCUUCAUCAGUUAUUUAUUGUCCGAUUCCUUGGUUCUAUGGAGGUGAAAUCAGAUGACAAUCCAGAUGUUGUUUAUGAAACAAUGCGGCAAAUCUUAGCUGCCCGGGCCAUCCAUAACAUCUUUCGUAUGACAGAAUCACAUUUAUUAGUCACUUGUGAUUGUUUAAAGUUAAUUGAUCCACAGACACAAGUUACAAGGCUCACAUUUCCAUUACCCAGUGUAGUUUUGUACGCUACGCACCAGGAAAAUAAGAGGCUUUUUGGAUUUGUUCUUCGGACAUCAGGUGGGAGAAGUGAAAGUAAUCUGUCAUCAGUCUGCUAUAUAUUUGAAUCAAACAACGAGGGGGAAAAGAUUUGUGAUUCUGUUGGUCUGGCAAAACAGAUAGCUUUGCAUGCAGAACUGGAUCGUCGGGCAUCAGAAAAACAAAAAGAAAUAGAGAGGGUAAAAGAGAAGCAACAGAAAGAACUCAGUAAACAAAAACAAAUUGAAAAGGACUUAGAAGAACAAAGUCGGUUGAUAGCUGCUUCCAGUAGACCAAACCAAGCCAGUAGUGAGGGGCAGUUUGUUGUCCUUAGCAGUAGCCAGUCAGAAGAGAGUGAUUUGGGAGAAGAAGGAAAGAAAAGAGAGUCAGAAGCAUGAACUUAUCCUUGGUUUUUGGUUGGUAUUUCCCCCCUUGGAAUUUAUUGAGUUUCUGUGGUGAAAUGGCACAAGGUAACAACUAUGUUGAAAUAUCAAGGAGACUAUAUUAUUUGUUUUAACUUCAUUUUUUAAAAUAAGAUUGACCUUGGUCACUUAGGUUUGCAUUGAUUUUUCUUUUCCUUAAAAAUAUACUAUGCAGUAACAUCAAAUUCCAUGCGUCAAGGAGAAACCUGUUCCUCUCCUUGAAGUAGAUUGCUGAGGAAUUACACUUGCUCAAGCCUUUUUUCCUUCAAAUUGUGAACUUCUUGUCUUGCAUUGUAAUUGGCUCUGACCAUAAGAAACCUUUCAUUCUUCAGCUUCAGGUAUUCAUGGAUGUGCUCCCUCUUCUCAUUAGGAACAUUUUUGCUGGCAGUGAGGAAGCUUUUGACUGAAUCAGUUCAAAACCCUUUAUACAGAGCAUUCUACAAGUUUGCAGAUAUUUUAAUUAUUAAAUGUGCAAUAGAACUUUUAUAUAAAAUAAUUAGAAAAAAGAUUUUAGACUUAAGGUUUCAAAUUGUGGCAGGUGGUACUGUGAUUUCAGGGCACUUUCUUGGAUUGCUCACAUUUCUGAUGUAUUACAGCUGAUGCCAGUGGGAAAGAAGCUUAAGUGUCUUCAGUUCAAGAUUGAUACAGCCCGUGGCAUUUAAUUGUCACCUUCUUAGUUCUCAGGUUGGGACUUGAAUUAUUGCUGCAGAGCAGUAAUGGUUAAAAUAAGAUUUUGGAAUUUAUUAAAAGGGAUUUUUUUUUGUUCAGGUACAUUUUAGAUUAGGACUUAACAUGUAAAGAUACUGUUACAGGAUAACACGUAUUUUCUGCAUUGUGUGAAAUAAUUUUUAUUGAAAAUCAAGUGACAUUUCAAAAGAAAUUCUAUAACAGUUGUUUCCUGCUUAAAGUAAAAAUGCCCAGAGUUUAGUUUAGAAAAUGUAAUCUUUUAAAUUUCAGACUGAUAUGCACAGUAUUUUCAUAAUUCCAUGUUUUGAUAAAAUACUGAACACCACUUUAUAUCCACAAAGGCAAAUAACUAAUAUAUGAGAAUAGAAUAAUUUGCACUAAUUAUUGUAAAUACUUGUACUCUCAAAUGAGUAAAAGGUCUAAUUCCAUGAAAGAUUGAAAGGAAAUUGUAUGUUUGGUUUAAGAGUGACCAAGGAAGGAUCAUUUCCCUACUACCGUGACAAAACUUGAUUUUUUUUUAACAUUGCUGAUAGAAUUGUUCCACAUGUAAAACUAUAUAGAAGCAAAUAUACUGAAUAAAACACAUAGUCAUACAUCUAAAAUUUUCAGAGAUUAGCCACUUUAAGACUAAUUAUACAAGGGAAAAGCCCUUUGUUCUUUGAUACAGUCUUUUCUUAGGUCUGAAUUAGAGACAGCGUCUAUUUUAGCUCUAACAAUACAGUGUGGCUGUUUGACACUGUACAUACAGUUUUCUGUGGAAGGGGAAAAUUAGGAUAAUGAUAUUCUUUGUUUCUUUGUAUCCAUGUGCCAAACAGGAAUAAUGAUUACUUGAUAAUUGUUAUUUUGAAGCCUUAUGUUACCAAAACAUACAGUAACAAAGUAGAAAUUUAUGGAAUACUUUUUGAAGAAAGUUGAUUUUGUAUUUCUAGAGGGAAUGCUUUCACAAGAGUUGGUAUGUCAUUCCUUUGGUAGAAGUUGAAAUUUCUGUGGUCACUUGAUUAGUCAUGGUAUGUCCUGCUUUUAAGAACUUUUUGAGAAUUAAUAAGCUCUCUGUUUCAUAAAGUCUUUUGUUUAUGCUAUGAAGUUGUCACCUCACUUAGUUCAGAUGAAACUUGUCACCCUGUAAUGAAGGCGGACAGCUUUAGGUGGCAGUUUUCCUAGGCUGGUGCUGUGCCUGGGAGCCAGGUGCUGCCCUUUCUUAGUAAGAGGGGUCAGAAUGAAGGCUAGAGUUAAAGACCCUGGCAGACUUAGGGAUGCUGGACAGACAGACCUGUAGUUCCUUUUAAGUCCUGUUUGAUAGGAAUUUCUAGAAUAAUACACCCAUUUCCACAGAUCAGACCAAAGAACAUUCCAACACCAAAUAGAAGUUGUGUGUGGAAUUAACAAUUUUAGAUAUUUCAACUUUUGGUCCAUUGCUAUAGAACUAUACAAACUAUUCCAUCCUGCAGAUAUUUAAGCAUCAACUUAAAAGAAAAUCACCUUUUUGUUUGAAGAAGGCUGCCCAUGGGUUUCUGCAUAAUGUUAAAGCUGAUCUUGGUUUGUUACCCUUUGAUAUCCCUUCUGGCUCUUGGAUGCUUUGGUGGUAAUUGAAUUAGAAUUUGGGAUUGCCUUCUCAGAUUCAAACUUACACUUGAUGGUUUUAGAAAUUAACAAAAUUGAUUCUUUAAAAGAAAAGAAAGUCUACCUAAUUCAACUAUGCAUUCUGCUACCUAUAGGAAAACUACUUUUGUAACAAUGGUAAUGAAUAGAGAGGAAAUAAAUUACUGCUACUCCCUUUAAAAUUUUUAAAACUUCCCAACAAGGGACUGAACAGAGUCCCCAAAGCCAGUCUAGUUUUUGUCAUUUCUACAAUGAUUAGUUUGAUUUCCAAAGGCUCUAGGCAUGAUAAAAUUGUUACUGUAAUUCUUGGUUAAAGGGUAGUAGGGUAUGCAUAACAUUCUACAUAGCAUACAGUCUUGUGUGGUAAAGGCAUCUGAGUUAAAUUAAGUUAUGUGUAGUAUCUACAAAGAUUUGAAUCUUAUAAAUGCUGACAGACCCUAAGAGCCCGUGUAUUGCAAAACCUUCUGCUACCUGAAUUAAUAAAAUGAAAAUAUUAACAUUGGUUUUUGCAACAACCUCCUAGCAUUCAAAUUGUACUUUAAAUAUUCAUACACAUUGAUUGUAGCAAGCAAGUCUUUCAUUUUAUUUUAAGCAACUUUGGCUUACUCUUCUUCCAUGAAUUUUGUUUUUCUGCAUUAAUAACACAAAGAUUUGAAACUGGAACUAUACUACACUUUUUAACUAGUCUCUUGUGGCUAUACUCAUGUAAUUUACUUCAGCUAAUAUGAGAACUGGGAUUAAGUUAUAACUAAUGUGCAAAACUGCUUUGUAUAUUUGGUGAUUUUGUAAUGUUAAGUGAAUUGGUUCUUAUCUCACUGAUACUAUUAAUCAUGCAUAUAUACAAUUAAAAAUCAUGCUACAUUUCCCUUUAGAAUUGAAGAACUCAACUUUAUGUAAUGGUGGUAUACAUGUGGGGUGGAGAGCUUAUUUUUUUCAUUUUGUCAAAGUAGGUAUUCUCUGACAAGGCUUGAGGAUAUAUGCUUUUAGGAGAUUUUUAAUGUAUAAUAAAGUCCAUGAUUUUUGUAUAGUCUUUUUUGUAUGAAGUAUUUGAUAUAUACUUUUAUUUCUCCAAUUCCAAAUGCUUGUGAAACAAAUGGACUUUUUCUUGAUAUGUUAUGACACUUAAUAAUUACACAUCUAGCCCCACUGCAAUUCCAUAACAGCUAAAAACUGGGAAAUAAUACAAAUUCAUCACUAGUGACUUUUUCUUUUAGAAAAAUCGACUUCUUGAUAAUUACCCUAGACAUGUUACAGACAAUAUAUACUUGCUAUGGUUGGCCCUAUUUAAAGAAAUACAUAUAAUUUAAAGGGGCAGGUUAUUGUGUACACCAGCUUAAGUGAGCUUGGCCUAUAAUUUUAAUACUAAUACAUAUUUGUCCCAUGUGCUCUUUAUAUUUUCCUAUAACACCAAGUUCUUUUCAUCUACUGGGAGUUUCUGUUCUAAUUUGUUUUUAUAAAAUAUAUACACUUUUAGAAGGUCCAGGGAGUGAAUGAAACUAUAGAAUUAUGUAAUUUAUCUAAGUGCAUGUAUAUCCUAAAUAUUUUGUAUAUUGACAUAUCUAUAAUCCACUACUCACUUAUAAACGGACACCACAAUUUGGUUAGAAAAAUAAAAAUUAUUCAUGCCAGCAAAUUUUGCAAGUUUUUAAUGUGAAAAAUGUAUUAAAAGUAAUUUUAAGUCUGUGCUUACUGAAUUAAUCUGUAUAGCUAUGAAUCCCCACAUCAGAAAGAAAUCCUGUAACUUCAGUUUCCUUAAGAUGUACUAUAUUAUGCUAAAAAUGUAUACUAACACUAAACAUAUAAACAACAAGGCUGUGGUGACUGGGGCUGUGGUGAAAAUGGACCUACAUCAUCCUAUCUACCACUCUAUUCUUACCGCUGUGCCAUCUAAUUGUUACACUGGGGUGGCUGAAUAGAUGAAUCCUCAGUUUCUUUCCACAUAUAGAAACCUGUACUUACCUGUGGCAUAGAACAUACAGAAAUAAAAAUUUAACCAACA